AUGGGUGGAUUUCCUUCACAUGAUGCCCCAGGCUUCCUGUUUACAACAUCAGUUCAGCCCACCAAAAAUGGUGGGACAACUGAGUUAUGCUUGGUGCCUUUGCUAAGGCGGUAUUUUAAUGACAAUAACAGACGUUUGAAGGAUGAUAUUAUAGAGAAUUAUCUGAAGGCACCUCCUCGCUCGACUCAACUGGCUGCUAUCGUGAUGCAGGAGGCAAUGAAUAACGCCAACCAUCACGGGAGUCUUAACAGUAAUAAUACGAAUGCGAGCUCUGGGGCAACUUCGCGCGUGGCGACACCACCCGCCUCAUCUCUCUCUACGGCCGCGACGUCUCAGCAUGCUGUGAACUUGACUGAGGUGAGCUGCAGUAGCUUUAGAAGUUUUGAGAACAGUCAUAGCAAUGAUAAUACUGAUGAGGCACAAAACAAGAUUCGUGCUAUGAAUGCGUAUAAGAAGAUGGAGCAUUUUUUGGGUGAGAUUGAGUCCUCGUUCUAUACAAGUACUCGUGUCAUCUACCAAAGUCUUGAUGCUGUGAAGGAGAAGGUUGCAGCCAUUCAGGCAAUUCGUGACUCUAAAAAACGUGCUGAAGACGAGGAGUAUCUGGAUGCCGCAACAGUUCAACACUCGAAAACGACCAACAUUAGUGGGAUCACUGGUUUAAGUCAGGAGGCCACGAAUGUAUCUGCAACCAAGACAUUCACACCGACAAAUAUAAAAGCGAGCACCUCUACUCUUAAUGUGGCAGCCCCGUGGUACCCCUCUAAGGUUCUUCAAGGUUCUCAGCAAUCUGAGGGAGACAUGUCCCCCAAAAAUUUCAAUGAACCUAACUUUAACCCUUUGUCUAGCUUUAAUGGAGCUGGUAAAGCGUUUGGCAUCCCACAAACACCCUUUGAUCCAAAUCAAACACCCAUUAUGCGACCUGUCCCUUGUGCCAUUUGUAUUGUUGAGCCUGAAGGUGGAGGUCGUGGCAAGUCAUACGGAAAUAACGAUGCCAGUGGUGCUCCAAACGCCCCGAAUACUGCAGGUACGUUUCCUCAGACCAUCAACGGUGCCAAAAACAUUGAAUGGGUCAGUUUGCAAGGGAGGAGACUCCACUGCAUUGGUUAUUUGUCCUGCUUCAGUUUAGAAUGUGCGGAUGAAGUGGUUUACCAGCAGCAACGCGCCAGUUACUCGUCCAGCAAUACAAACGCGGCAACAAGUGGUACAGGGGCACGAAAACAAACCAAGGCUAAAACUCCUUCGCCGGUAGCGCCACCUGUUGUGCCUUCACCAGGGACCUUACCAGGGACGUCGGCCUCCGCGUCUCAUAAGAUUCCACGCCUGGGCUCCUGUUCUGACGAUGGUUGUGACAUCUACCUUGAAAUCAUACUAGAAAAUGACGAAGAAUACCGCUUUUUGCUUGAACCCAUCAUUUUUCUUGCCAGCAUGUCUUUCCGUUCCCAGUUUAUGACGUGCAGCAUGUGGCAGAAGCCAGUUUCUAGUAAGGAUGUCGAAGAAGUGUACUAUAACUUUCUACAGAUUCUUAAUGUGCAUAUUUUGUUAUCCCCAGAGCGUUAUCACCAGCUCAAGGUAUUUUACGAACAGUUUCCGCUAAUCGAGUACGUUGAGAAGCUUGGCUUUAACGACAGACCUGCUACUGCAUCAACCUCCAGCAAGAAUCUCAACACCUCUAAGGACUGCGGUGCGGCUGCUAUACCGGCUGAAGAUUUGGUUGACACAUGUGAGAGCUCAAGGAAUUCGUUGAAUGUAGACCUUCUAGGAGAAGGGGUGGAUGCGGAAGGGAAGAACGUUGCAGAUAGCGGCGGCAAUGGAGGAGUAAUUGGCUCCACUAGUACAUCCGCGAUCCGUCGUUCCCGUCGUGGACGUAAGCGUGGAGGGAGGAAGUUGCGCGCGGCACGUGAACAGGAUGAUAUAUAUCGCCAAACCACCUCCCGCAUGCCAAAGUUUUCGUUCUUCGAGCACCACACGGGUAAGUAUGGGGUGGAAGUCGUCUUUGAGGGUGGUGUAAUCGCACGUUUCAUGAAGUAUGUAACGGAAACUGCAGCAUUUGAGACGGUUAAGGGCAACUACGUUCGCUGUGACCUUGGACCCCUAAUGAAAGAGCGUCGCCACCUGCUUCAGUCCUACCGCGAGGCAUUGCAGGAUUACUUGGACCAGAAUGAAGAGGAUGAACGUCUAUUUGGUAACGAGCUUAUUAGCGCGGCAAUACAGACCUGGCUGAAGCGCGGUGCCGCCAUGGAAGAACAGCACAAGCAGGCCUUGCAAAAUGCACAGGCAGCGGCGGCCGCAGCGCUACCAAUAGGUGGUACAAAUAACCCCCAUGGAGCCAACCCAGGAACUGGAGCAACCCUAAUGCAAACCUCUAUGCUUCCUCCGUUAUUUUCUACUCAGAUGGGAGGAAACGGCAUUCCCGUCAUGCAAAGUACAAACUCAGCGCCUAUGCCCUUAAUGUACAACCCAGGAAUGGGCUAUAUGGCCCCACCACAUGGAAUGUGUGUGCAGCAACCACCUCUGUUACACUCGCAGAAUGUUUUUACUCCACUCAAUAUACAGUUUCAGUUAGUGAUGCAGAAUUCUGCUGGACAGGCCUACACAUGUGGGGCUCCGUCACAAUUGGGUAUGACAUACCCACAUCAGGCACCUCCGUUUCAUUAUGUUAACCAAGCGCCGCCGCCACCGCCCCCUCAUCACCGUCAUCAACAACAUGUUCCCCCGCCGCCGCAGCAGCAACACCUGAUGCUACCACCCAAUUCUACCUCAUACGGUGGUGUGUCUUAUCAAUACGUAAUGGGUGCAAAUGGACAAGUGAUGGCCGUACCCGUCGCGACGACUCCAGGACCUACGGAUAUUAUGCUUUACAACCAAUUUGCUACUCAACAGUCGUAUUCUAAUAUGUUAGCUGUGCAACAGCAACAGCAGUUUCAGCAACAGCAACAGCAACAGCAGUUUCAGCAACAGCAACAACAACAGCAGUUUCAGCAACAGCAACAGCAACAGCAACAACAGUUUCAGCAACAGCAACAACAGCAUCAGCAACAGCAACAACACCUCGUUUCCGUAACCAUUGGGAUGAACAACAACGACAGCCACAUGUACACGACGCAGCCCGAAACACUGCCUGGAGCAUUCAACGCAGCCAACAUCAUGCUGCCUAGCGAUUCGACUAAUAUGGGAUCUCAAAAUCACCAUUCUAACACUGUAACUGGUCUCCAACAGCAGACACAGGAGGCCUCAUCUGCAACUGUGGGGCCUACCUCCGGCACUUCUAAUAUCUCUGCCUUUCUGCAGCAGGCGACUUCAGGGGGCUUAAGUAACCCCCAAGGUUCCAGUGCUCCUUCGAUAGAGUUUGGCGCCACUCAAGCUCAGAGAAAUUUCACCAUGGAUGCAGCUUUGAAUGCUAACAAUAACAAUACCAUUUCUCAGCCUGUGGCUAAACCGUCCAGUGAAGGGGAUCCCCAACAAGUCCAGGACCUUCUUACGAGGUUCGCGGCCAACCGCCUUGUAGGUUCGGAUUCAGGUUCGUCGGCACAAUGGCUUAUGCCACCUAACAAUUAUACAGAUGACUACAAUCCUUCCCUCUUCCAUUAUGGUGAUACCGACACCGAUGACACCGAAAUCGCGCUCGCUGCCGCGACGGCGGCAAUAAAGGGACUCCAAUCUGACACCUGCAAAAUUUCACACACCCAUAAAGAUGAUGAUGACGACGACGACGAAGUUAACCUCUGCGGCACUAGUCUUUUUUUCUUUGAUAAUUAA